GCGGCCGCUGCGAUUGGCGGCGCGCGUGGCUGGGGGGGGGGCACCGGCCCCCCAGCGUCCCGGGUCCCGCCCUCCGGCUCCGCUCAAGAGGCCUUGCGGCCGCGGCGGGCUGCGAGGCGCGGAGGGAAUGAAAAUGCAGCUCCUGGGAUUGGUAAUCUGUUUGGUCCUUGGGACCCUGCGUUCUGAGGCCCUCAAAGGGAAGCUGGCAUCCUUGGAUCCUGAAACGAAGAUGAACGUGAGUGGAAUUAUCUCUCACUGGGGAUUCCCUAGUGAGGAGCACUUCAUCGAGACGGAAGAUGGAUAUAUUCUUUGCCUCCACCGAAUCCCUCACGGGAGAAAUGGCCGCUCUGACGAAGGUCCUAAGGCAGUGGUGUUCCUGCAGCAUGGCUUGCUGGCAGAUGCUAGUAACUGGGUCACCAACCUGCCCAACAGCAGCCUGGGCUUCAUCCUGGCCGACGCCGGUUUUGAUGUGUGGCUGGGGAACAGCAGGGGCAACACCUGGUCCCGGAAGCACAAGACCCUCUCCAUAGACCAAGAUGAGUUCUGGGCUUUCAGUUAUGAUGAAAUGGCAAAUUAUGACCUACCAGCUUCAAUCAACUUCAUCCUGAAUAAAACGGGCCAAAAGCAAGUGUAUUACGUGGGUCACUCUCAAGGCACUACGCUAGGUUUUAUAGCAUUUUCACAGAUCCCCGAGCUGGCCGCAAAGGUCAAAAUGUUUUUUGCCCUGGCUCCCGUGGCUUCGGUCCAGUUCUCUACCAGCCCUCUCUCCAGAUUAGGAGAAUUACCAGAAUUUCUCCUGAAGGACUUACUCGGGUCCAAAGAAUUUCUCCCCCAGAAUAUGCUUCUGAAGUGGCUGAGCACACACUUUUGCUCUCACGUCAUUCUGAAGGAGCUCUGUGGAAAUGCCGUUUUUGUUAUCUGUGGAUUUAACGAGAAGAACUUAAACAUGUCUAGAGUGCCUGUGUAUAUAUCACACUCUCCUGCUGGAACUUCUGUGCAAAACAUCUUGCACUGGGCCCAGUUUAUUAAAUACCAGAAGUUCCAAGCCUUUGACUGGGGAAGCUGUGCCAGGAAUUAUUUCCAUUACAAUCAGACUUACCCUCCCCCUUACAAAGUGAAGGACAUGCUCGUGCCCACCGCCGUCUGGAGCGGCGGCAACGACUUGCUGGCGGAUGUCGACGACGUUGGCGUUUUGCUGUCCCAGAUCACCCACCUGGUGUACAACAAGCUCAUCCCUGACUGGCAGCAUCUGGACUUUAUCUGGGGCUUGGAUGCUCCUUGGCGGCUCUACAACGAAAUAGUGAACCUAAUGAGGAAGUAUCUGUGAGAGCCACGCUGGAGAAACUGUCACCGGUUCGGGUGACGAGUCACAUUUAAAUUUGUGGGCUUGAUUUCUCUAAAAUCAUUGUCUUUCCCAGGCCUUUUAAAUUUUUUGUAUCCCAUGGAGCGAUGACUGAAGUUGCUCAGGUCUCUCCGGGAUUAGAAACGCGCUAGCUUACUUUCUCUCGUCGCGGCCUUUGUGAAGCUCGUGUCUCAAACAUGGUGCAGCCUCUUUAAAGCUACCACUGACUUGCAAAAGGUCCUAAAUGUUGUGUAUCCUUACAAUUUAAAAUACACAAUACUGCCUUUUUACCUUGCACAAGACACACAUGCUAAGUAUGUGAUGGGGUUUGAAAGCUGUGAGGUUCGUUGGCAAAUAACCGGACUUUUGAUUUGAAAAUGGUCAGGAUGUGCCCAGUUCUUAUCUCUUUGCCUCAAAGGGCUGCUCAGUCCAGCGGCCUUGGAGUCACCGGAGAGCUAAGUGACACCCUCAUGUUCUCAUGCAGUUGGUGCAGAGCUGGGCCAGUCGUAAAGAUUCUAUAAUGAAUUUUAGCCAACAACCAUGAUUCUCGUUAUUUAGCAAAUGUUUAAAUUGCUCAGACCAAACAAAACAAUUGGCUGGAAUCUUCAGACAAUAAAUUCUACUCAUUAAAACGACCCCCCAACACCCUAUAUUUUACAUGGCCUGAGGACAGGCAAGCCUCCAUAGUCAGGAACCUCUCAUUGUGCAGCAGGCCAGAAAUCCACUGGUGUGAGAAGACAAGUGGACCGGGAGGGAGCCCCAGUCUCCUCCAUGGGGUUAGCGUCUGCUAGGCCAGCCGCUGUGACUCGGUGCUUGGGUGUCGGAGGCAGGAGCCCAGGGCUGCCCGGGAGGAGUGUCCUAACCAUUUUCACCCAAGAGAAAUGUGACAUGAUUGUUUUCAGAUGAAUGCUCAGGGAUUCUUCCCGUGUCUUUAGUUUCGUACGUGUCCAUGCUGUCAAUGCUCCUGACCCCACUCCUAGUUCACGAAGCCCUUACUCACCUGCCUUCCUUGCUGCGCCAUGUCCUUGCAAUACGAACAGAUGGACAGAAGGACAACCGAUAGGUUUUUCUGGUUCAGCUCUUUUGGCUGCGAUAAUAAACGAUGCUUGGUACUGGCUGAUGUGUGCAGGCAGCACGAUACCACUUUGUAACACUGAAAAAGUCUUAUUGGAACUUUGCAAUAAAACUCAGUAGCUUCAUGGA